CCUCACCGAAAUAUUCAGCUUGAAAGAAAUAGUUAAGCUGGAGAGAUGAUAGUAGAAGAAGUAGUUCCUCCAAUAUUACAGGUCGAGCAUGACAUUGCUGGUUGGGAUAUUAGACUAAUACCAGAGGGUCUCCAUAUCUAUGUGCAUCGGCCUUUGUACACCCACCAUGGGAUAUAUAUAGGCGAUGGGAAGGCCAUUCACUUCGUAGGCCCAAAAGCCGGACCCACAAGGGCUUGCAAAAAAUGUGGCUUCUCAAGAAAUACGGGCCAUGGAGUGGUGGAAACUUGUCUUGAGUGCUUCCUCGACGGAGGAUUCCUCUGUCGAUAUAAUUAUAAUGUGCCCAGAAUGAUUCUUAGUAUCACUUCUCAUACCAUGUGCCCUAAUUGCACCACCACUGAGAGAUCGAAAUCGGGGAGUGAAAUUGUUGAGACUGCAAAAGAAAAGUUGAAAGAAGGUUUCGGCAAAUAUAACCUCCUGUCUAACAACUGUGAGCACUUCGCAACAUUCUGCAGUACAGGAACUGCCUUCAGUCAGCAAGUUAAACAUACAGCAGCACUUGCUGCAAGCCCUCUUCUGCCGCCAGCUCCUCUUUUGCUUAUGUUUUACAGGAACAACAUUUAAAGACUUUGAAUGUUAGAGGAUGACACGCGGGAAAAAACCAUUUCAAGGGUCUGUGUAGCAUCAUAAUUAGCAGCACUUCAUCAUCAUACACUCUAGCAUGCACGAAAACACCUGGCUAUAUCCAGGUCCCUCUCCCAAUCAUACAAGGAGAGGUUUGCACGUAGCUUGGUACAAGGCAAGCUUCGCAUAUAAUAAAACCAUUAUAAUUUAUCUACUCUCCUCUUCUCUCUCGAUAUCAUGUUCUUUACUUUACCAGUAGUGUCCAAAGAGACCUACGUGAGUAAACAGAGGAGCUCAAGGUUUUUUAAGGACUUGUUAUGGCAUCGGUUGGAAGUUUGUCUCGCGAAAUACCUACAAGUUUAACAUUUUCUCAUGUAUAUUUGUGAUAAAAAAAUCCAAGCCACCCAAACCUCAUGAUAUCUUCAUCUAGCACUUAUAGAUCCUCCUCUCCUUUUCUUUUAUUUUCUUCAUCUUACUUUGAUCCUCUAGAAAUUGUAACACUCUCCAUUAUCAAAUGGCAUGUCAACUUCAAAUGAUGCAGUUUUUGUUCUUC